GGUUUUUGUCAGUAGAGGUCAGCAUAAACUUGAAAGAUUACUCUCUCUCUCUCUCUUUCUCUCUAUUUUUUAUUAUUAUUAUUAUUAUUUUUUUCUUUUCUGCUUUGAAACAAUCUAUAUUUUCUAAAUAAAUAAAUAAAAUUGACUUAACUUGUCCGGGUUCCAGGCGCAGUAAGUUUAUAGUCUCCCUCUGUAGGAGGGGGCUCUGAUAUACUAACUACUGCUGGCCAAUCAGCUGUGACUCAGUGAACUGUAUGUGUGAGUGGACUUCAGAAACAGUACAAUGGGUGGGACAGUGAUUUCUGAGAGGAGGGGUACGGUGAUGGUUAUUGGGAUUAACCGUCCUGAAGCACGUAAUGCAGUAAAUCAAGAGGCUGCUCAGAGACUGACUGAGGAGCUGUCAGCCUUUGACCAGGACAACAGCCUUAAUGUGGCAGUGCUUUAUGGAGUCGGAGGGAAUUUCUGUGCUGGUUUUGAUCUGAAGGAGUUGGCCCAGAACUCUGGUUCUCUCAAACUGGAGCAAGAUGUCUGCUGUGGUCCUGGUCCCAUGGGUCCGUCUCGUAUGAGGCUCUCAAAACCCUUGAUCGCAGCAGUCAGUGGGUACGCUGUGGCUGGGGGUCUGGAGCUGGCCCUGCUGGCUGACCUGAGGGUGGUCGAGGAGAGCUCCAUCAUGGGCGUUUUCUGUCGCAGAUUUGGUGUGCCAUUGAUUGAUGGUGGUACGGUGAGAUUGCCACAGCUGAUUGGUCUCUCGCGAGCUCUAGAUCUCAUCCUCACAGGCCGACCGGUAAAGGCACAAGAGGCUUUAACAUUUGGACUGGCAAACAGAGUGGUGCCUGAUGGCCAAGCACUUCAAGUGGCUCUUGAACUUGCCGAACAGGUCAGCGCAUUUCCACAGCUCUGUCUCCGUGCUGACCGUAACUCUGCCUACCACGCCGUCUUUGACUCCUCCUCCUUCACCCAAGCCAUGCAGUAUGAGUUUGACCAUGGCCUGCCAGUCGUAGUAGCUGAAGCAGUCACUGGAGCAACAAAAUUCAGCUUAGGUGCUGGGAGAGGUGGGACGUUCUCUAAGAGUAAACUAUAAACGGCCAGAUGAACGGAUGUAAGACAGUGUGUGUAACAAAAUAAUACUGAUUUAACUGUUAAUUUUACAGUGUAUCACAGGUUAGAAUCUAUGGACUGUUUUUUGAUCCAGUCCAGAUCUGGGUCAUCUGGUCCAGAAUUUGUUGUUCGUAUUCUGUAAUUGUUAUUAAACCAGUAUGCUGUGAGAGCUUGAUCAUUUUAAAACUUGCAUAUCAUGAAGGGAUGUGCAUUUGCCUCAGAUCGAGUUUCCAUGAUCAGAUUUUUUAUAUUGCUAAUCAAAUAUAUUAAAGAUCAUACUGAAGAAAAA